AUGCCCAAUGGCACCGAUGUAUACCACGGAGUGCCCAAGGAUUAUACUGGUAAAAAUCACACAGUCGCGAACUUUUUCGGUGCCCUUAAAGGGGACCCCGAGUUGGCUAAAGCGGGUCAUAAGGUAGUCAAUAGUACUCCAAAUGACCAUAUAUUCAUCUACUUUAUUGACCAUGGUGCGCCAGGCUUUGUAGUGUUUCCCAAUGAGGAAAUGCAUAAUACUGAGCUUGUUGCUACUUUAAAAAACAUGCAUACCAAUAAUAGGUUUGGCAAGUUGGUUUUCUAUUUAGAGGCUUGCGAAUCAGGCUUUGUAGUGUUUCCCAAUGAGGAAAUGCAUAAUACUGAGCUUGUUGCUACUUUAAAAAACAUGCAUACCAAUAAUAGGUUUGGCAAGUUGGUUUUCUAUUUAGAGGCUUGCGAAUCAGGCUCAAUGUUUGAGAAAUUGUUACCUGAUAAUAUCAACGUGUACGCUAUGACCUCGACAAAUUCCACUGAAUUAGGCUGGAAUUGCUGUAGGGAUACUGUUCGUGGUGCCUGGGUCAGUAAGUAUUUAUGUAAAUUAUUUGCACUAGGUUCGUACUUUGGUUACUAUUGGUACAAAAAUUGGCAAAGCUCAGAUUUCUUAACAGAGACUCUGCAGGAUCAAUUUGAGUACCUUCAUAAUACUACUAACCAAACAGGGGUAAUGGAGCCGGGUCAACACGCUCAGCAUGCUCACCAGUGGGGUGAUCUGUCUAUUACCAAGCUACCUGUUUCACAAUUUCAAGGCACUGGGAAGUUUAUCGGUGAAAAUAGCUAUAAUGCUGAUGAUCACAGGGUUUGCAAUCUAGUUAAUACCCGGGACCUACCCGUCCGUAUGUUGGAAAUGAAUAUUGAGGAGACCGAUGAUAUCAAUGAGAAAUUACGUUAUGAGAACGAAUUGAAACAAUUACUGAAUGGCCGUAAAUAUAUGGACAAACAUAUGGCUCAAUACGUGUCUAGUAUUCAACAUUUGCCGGGAAUUGAUGUCAAUUCAGUGCUCAAUACUAAGCAUACGAUUGACAACAAUGUUUGCUAUCGGAAAAUGGUGGACACGUUUAGGGAUAAUUGUUUCAAUAUAAACAAGAAUACUUAUGCUCUGGGCAAAAUGACUAUCUUGGUCAAUAUCUGCAAUCAACUAAGCGGUAGUCCGUAUGAGUCUGUGGCGAUCGAGCAGCUAGCACAAUAUUGUCAACAUAACGUGCACCAGUAUCCUAUUGAAAUUAAAUAAAUAAAUAAUGCAACUAUGUCAUAAUACAGUAUUUUCUG